AAGAGUUUUUGAAGUCUGGCGGACUGUAGUCAAGUGGAAUGUUGAAAACUAUUGUAAAUAAAACAUUAAAGAAUUGCAAUAUCAUCGGCAGAGGCAAGAAAUGUUAAGAAAACUUUUAGGAUUUUUUUAAUAUAAAGUUAAUAGAGCAAGAGAUACGAUGGAGAUUUUAUUACCUGUCUGAGGAGUCACCUGUAACUAUCCCGAUUAUCCUGUCGAGUUUGGUCAAAGGAAUUAUAAUAAUGCGGGUAAAUCACUCUUCAAUAUAGCGUCCAAAUGAUGCCUAUAAUUCUCAAAGUUUAUUGCGAUGGUGUGCAAGCCACUGAAGUUCCUAUAACACCAGAUUCGACUGGAAGGGACGUCAUCGAUUGCUGUCGAGAACCGGGAGAAGACGAUUGUCAUCUGGUGGAGAUUUGGAGAGGUUGCGAACGUUUUGUAAGCGAAGACGAAAGACCUUGGGAUAUUUUGCGUCAGUGGGGACCGUACGAAAAAGAAGUUACCUUUCAUCUCCGUCACAAUGUUGCACAGGAUUCUGGGGGCUCUUCACAACAUAAACCAGAUAUGAGGGAAUUGUUAAAUUGGGCAGAAAAAGUAAGUAAAAGA